AUGUUCGCAGGCUACACUCGUCAUCGAACUACACAACCAAUAAUCUCAUUAGCAAAAAUGGCCACUGAUUUCAGUGUUACCGAAGCAACUCCUAGUGCCACUUCACUUGCUGAAAAACGGCAACAGUGCUUGCUGUGUCCCCUUCCCAAUGAUUUCCUCAGAGUUCUACCUUACAACGAAGACCUGCGUGCCCGCGGUGCUGUCCAAAAGGAGGAACGUUAUUUGGAGCUGGUCAUUAAUGAGGCCCGUCUCGUAAAAAACUAUGGUCUGACUGCAAUGAAUCCGUAUUGCCGUGUUCGUCUGGGUGAUGCACGUUAUGAGACACAAACUGCCAUGAGUUCAUCCAAACAUCCUGUUUGGAAUGAAGUUUGCAGAUUACCACUACGCAGUGACACGCAUUUACUUUCCAUCGUGUUGAUGAACGAAGGCCUCGUAUUGAGUGACUCGAAAAUUGCGUGGGCAACCAUUCCACUACCACAGGCCAUUCUGGAGGGCGAGUGCGUGGAUAUGUGGUAUGAACUUAGUGGAAAGCAGGGGGAAGACUUAGAAGGAACCAUUCAUUUAGCUAUGCGGAUCAGGACCGUCCUGAGACUGGAUCCCAGUUAUCGUGUCAAUGCUGUACGCGCUGUUCCUUGUGGUCCUCUGGUUCCACCCACAUCUGAUGUUCCUUCUGUCACAGCCCAAGGCCAACAACAGACAGCUCGACCGAUUACUGCGGAGGAUAUACAGGCAAUCAAGGAAGUUUUCCCGAGCAUUCAGGAUGACACCAUUCAAACGCUUCUAGAGUCCCAUGACGGAAAUCGGGAUGAGGUCACAAGUGAAUUACUGCGAAUGACGAAUGAAACUUGAACAUCCGGUCAGCCCUUGACAGAUGAAACCCUUCGAAAACCCUCAUUUCGACUUUCUUCACGACACUUGUUAUUAUCAUCCCUCUGUUUACAAUCACGUUAUUUCAGACAUACUGAUAUACUGGUCAUCAAUGGUUUCCCCGGGCCUUUUUUGGAGUUACUUUGGCUUGUGUCGUCAAAUUGUUCACAGUGAACCUGAAUGAUUGAGUUUCUUUGGUUUGUGAUACUGUG